UCGGUAAUAUAAAGUUUUCAAAAAUAAGGAAACCACGGAAAGCUUAUUCUCGUAUUUCUCGAGUUUUAUCAGUUGCAGAAACGUUAUUUCCGAUUUUUUAUUUAUAAUUCCCAAGUGAAGCAGCGAGACAAGGUGAGGCUCUUAUUCAGAAUGCAAACAAAACUAUUUAAGAUUUCAAUUUUCAGCGAUACAGAAAGUCAUUAAGGUUUUGCAGAGGUCAACACGUCCGGCAAAAAAUUUAAGGACAAAAAUUUCGAACCCUAACUGAUUCCAUGCAAACUAUACCCAGAAUCGGUCUAUUUUCGCAGGUGAUUUUUAGGGUUUAUGUCAUUUUUUCAGCCGAGCAGAUAUUUCGCAAUUUUUAAACACGAUUUAAACACGAUUUUGCAAAGUUCUACCCGCAAUUAACCGGCCAAAGUCGUUGACUGAUAGUCAACGAUUUUUUGGCCCGAAUUUGGGGAAAAAUUCGGCAUUUCUGACGAUUCACGAUUAAUCGCGACUCAAUGCCGACAAUCAGAGAUGAUACUAUCGCAGAUAGCAAUUAAAGGGCUCAUGUUAAGGGAGAAGAUGAUGAUGGUAGUCCCUUAAAUUUCCUAUCGGCACAUCUCUUGCACCUCCUAAAGUUGCAAGUGCUAGUGAUUUAGAAUGGUGGGGAUUUCAUUUAAGAUUGCCAAGACAGGGAUCAAGUACAGUCCUCCUUCAGUUAAAAAAAGACCCUAUCCAAGCAGAUGCACCUCUUCAUUGGAUAAUGCAGAGAAGCCUCCUGAAGUAAAUCAACAUAAGAGGAGAAGAGCCGAGGUUACUUUGCCAAAGAUCAAUGUUGAUCACAAUACACAUUCACUUUUAUCAACAACCUCCAAAGGCUCUCCAACAACAUCUGAGCACGAGGCUUCUUUUGCUGUCAAUCUGUUCCUUGAUGGAUUUUCUGUUGGAAAGCCCACAGAGCAAGGAAAGCAAGCACCAUCAGCUCAAGAGUUAAUACGCUCUCUGCACCCCUAUAACCGUACAAGCGAGACUCUUUUCCAGGCGAUCAAUGAUGGUUGGUUACCAGGAGAUAUUCUUGAAGAAAUACCAUGCAAGUAUGUUAAUGGCAGUGUUGUGUGUGAGGUCCGGGAUUAUCGCAAAGGUUCGCCAACUUCAGGUGAUUUGGUCUCUUCAGGAGAAGGAUUUCCAGUAGUUCAUAAAGUUCUUCUGCGCCCUACUAUGGAGAAUAUUGUAAAGGAUAUUUCUUCUAUGGCAGAGUCUUGGGCCUACAGUGAUCUUAUGGAAAUUGAGUCACGAAUAUUGAAGGCCGUGCAACCAAAACUUUGUUUGGAUCCUGCUCCAAUGCUGGAGAGGCUAUGUGAGAACUCCAAUUCAAACAAGCUCAACUUGGAAUUGCCUUUGUCACGACGUGAAAGAAAACAGAGAGGAGGUUUUCCUUUGGUCAAGGAGAUGUCUAACAAUCUUUCUCAUGGCAAAAAAGUUUCUAUUGAAGGAAACAUUGAGAGGGCAAUAGUUCAGACAAGAAUUGCCGGAGCAGCUUCUGGAUUUGAAGAUUCUGGCAUUUCUUGCAGUCAAGAGAAUUCUGCUCCUACUACAGCUGAUAUUUCUAGCAGUAUAGCCACUCGAUCAAGAACUCAAUCUCAUAUAGAAUCCAGACAAGAGCUGUCCAGACUUGGAGUACAAGGACCAUCAAAUUCAUUAUCGAUGCAAAGUGGUCUUAAUCGCCCUAGAAUUUUACCUGGUCCGGUAAACCUAUCUCCACCAGUCACUUCUGUGAGCCUUGCAUCACCUCCUAUUCAAGAUUGGACCAACUCUGUAGAUGCUAGACAUAUGUACACACACAUGCCGGGUAAGAGGGAACGAGAUUUAGCUCCAGCAAACAAGCCAGAUUUGAAAAAGCCAAAGCAAGAGCAGAUUUGUAUGGACAAAUUUCAACAGCAGAAUGUGGGGCCAAAUUUUGAUACAAAACCUACCAGGGAUCAACAAAGAAAGGAUAUGGUUAUGCAACAAAAUCAAAAUAAUGAAUCCAUGUAUAUUUCUGACAUGUCUGUUCAUAGGCUGUCUCAACAGGUCACAACAGAUGAUGAUCAGCUAGCUACAGGUAGUGAAAUGUCUGCACAAGACCCCAAGCCUUCAUCUUAUAUAGACCCAAGGAGUACAGCAGUAUUUAAGGUGAAAGAAGAACACCUAGAAUUUGAGCGGGGCCAGAUUGGUAUUGAAAGAGAAAGCCAAGAAUUUGCUAGAAGUAAAGAGACACAACAUUUGAUGGAACUAGAUAAUGACCAGUCAUGUUCGACACAAAUUUCAUCUCAACGCUUUCCACAGCAACCAUACAGUAAGUCAUCUUUUCAAUGGCAGUCUCUUGGUCAAGCAGGUGAAAAGGAUCAAAAAAGGGAUGAGUUAAUGAAAAAGAAAUUGGUACAAAGUCCCAGGGUACUGCAAUCUCAGCCAUUGACAAAACUGGGGGACUUGUCACAACCUCUGAUAUCCACAACUGUUACCAAUGUCUCCCUUGGUCCAUGUAACAAUAUGGCAGCAUCUGUAGGACAACAGAAGGAGAAAUCAGUUGGACUAUCAACUGUAUUGACCACAGCUACUUCGGUCAGUUCAAUUCAGAUUGAUUCACAACAUCAACAGGCUCAGCAAUCCAUGUCAUUUGGCAGACGCAAAUCUAAUUCUCAUUCUAAGCAACCCUCUGCAAGUGGAGUUGCAUCACCAGGAAGUGUUACAAAUUCAAUGGCACCAUCUAAUGUUAACAGUCCAUCAACUGGCACAGCGCCUUUGCCUAAUUCAUUAACCAAACCAGAUCAAUCUAGUCUCAUCCAGGAUCAAAGCAAGCAACUUGAGACUAUAUCAACAUUGGUGUCAACGAUUCAAAGACAUGGUCUUCCUAUAAAAAAGAAGAGUGUGGAAGAGGUGCGUGAAACAAAGAAGGGUCCACCUUCUUGGCACUUACUUUCAAUGGCUUUUAGUAAUGCUACAAAUAAUGAAGAUCAGAAGGAUGUCAAAGGACAAAGAAGUCUGUCCAAUUCCCUUGUUGGUGGAGGUGUAAAUGUUCGCAAAACACGAAUUAUGAAUUUUGUUCGUGCAGAUCAUAUGUAUCCAGGAAAUAGUGUUCCAGUUUUGGUUCGUAGAAUUCGGGUUAGAUUGGUAAUGUGUGAACGUGCAAAGGAUGGAAUGGUGGAGGCUGUUGUGCAGUUUGGGGAUGAUCAAGAUGAGGACUCUUUGAAUUGUUGCCCACAUGAUGUUCUCCCUUCCUUGCCAAACACUCAUUUUGCAGACAGGCUAGCUGUGCAGUUUAGUACUCUGAUGGAGAAGGAUGGAUAUGAAUUGGUUGAUGAUCAAGUUCAGCCCAUUCAACAGCGCCAACAAAUGUUACCUCCAAAUGCAUCUUCUACAACUCAAUCCAUGACUCCUGUUGCUUCUGCACUGGGAAAUAGUAUGAAUCAGUUGCCAUCUUCACCCCAUGUAAUGUCAAGUCAAAAUAUGGUGGGUUCUGCUGCUGUGUGUGGCAUGCCUCCUCUAAGCUCAUUGCCAUUGUCAUCGCCUAAUGCAUUAGCUGUCCGAAUGCCUCCUCCAGGCAAUGCUCCCAACCGACAGCUUUCUUCAGGCUUCUUGCAGAGUGGAUUGGUUACAUCAAAGUCACUGCAGCUUGAUCCUGCUUCUGAGCUUGUAGCAGUGCAACAACAACAACAUCAGCAGCACCAGAUACAACAACAACACCAACUGCAGCAACAUCCACAACAACAGCUACAGAGGUCUCAGCAACUUGUAAAUUCAAAUCACCUAGCCCAGCUAAAUUCUGCAAGCUAUAAUUCAAAUCAACAGAUGAAUUCAAAAAUCAUGAAUAAUGCUCAGAUGAAGAUGCAGAUGCUUCAAAAGCACCAUCAGCAAUUACAGAGGAAGAGUUUCCUGCAGGGGGGCAUGGGCAGUAACAUUGGUAAUAUCGGGGUGGGGAAUAUAAGUGUCAACAACAUGAGUGGUCAUAAUAUGGUUGGGCUAGGUGGAGGGAUGAGUAUGGGCAUGACAGGCAUAAAUAACAUUUCAGGAGUCAUGCCUAAUUUGACCAAUAUAAAUACACUCUCUGGUGUUGGCAGCAUGGGACAGAACCCUGGUAUUGGAAGUAUGAUUGAACAUCACAUACGAUCUGGGACCAUGAAUAAUCAGACGCCAUGGGAUAGAGGAGUACGCAUGGGUCCAGGCAGAGGUCGUCCAGGUGCGAUGGUAAAUCCUCCAUCGUUAAGAAAUAUUGAGAAUAUGUCAGGUUUAUCUGCCAGUAAUCAAGCUCAUAGUUCAGCAAAUUUAAUACAUGGACCACAACAAGGUAGGAGCAACAUGAGCUCUUUACAAAAUAGGGGUAUGAAUCCUCCAAAAACAAGUGGUAUGCAUGGAGUCACUGGACAGAGCUUCUAUUUGAACCAACAACUGAACAAUCAACCCCAGCAAAUUAGUUCACAACAGCUGAAUCAACAGCAGCAGUUAAAUGUUCAGCAACAACUGAAUAUGCCACAACCGCCCUCAUCUCAACAGCCUUUGAGCUCACAGCCCUUAUUGAAUGCUCAACAUCAAAUGAGCCAACAAAUCAGUUCGCAACAACAAAUUAAUUCACAAUCCCAAUUGAAUUCUCAGCAACAACUCAAUGCACAACAAUUAAACUCACAACCACAGUUGAAUCCUCAGCAGAUCAAUGCUGCCAAUCUUGGUUCAAUGGUUGUAGGUCCUUCCAGCCCUCCGCUUAGUUCACAAACUUUGGGGUCUGUUGGUAGUAUAACAAGCUCGCCAAUGGAGUUGCAGAGUGCAAGCAGGGGAAAUUCAAUGACAACAGGACAAUAAAUUUGUAACCUAAGGGGAUGUUAACCGUAAAAGAGCAUAUUUGGUUUCAUAUCCUUUAAAGAUGUAUUCUCACCAAUCCAUUCCAAACGUCAUGCCAUUUUUUUUCUUUCCAAGUUUGAGAUAUGAAUCCAAGGACCUGUUGGUUAUGGGGUUAUAAUGUACUAAGAAUAAACAUAUCAUGCAUUGUAAAAUCAUUUUCUCAAAAUAUACAUAAAACCAUAUAGACAUUAGUUGACAUGAUACUAUCUUGAUUAUGAAGGUAACCUAUUAACUCUCUCUAUUUUGAAGACAAUUUUCUUGUAUAAAAGGGUUCUAGCUAAACAGAAUGUUGAAUUUAAUGCUACUAAAGCUGUUCUUGAGUGUAUUUGAGGUCUCAUGAGUAUAAAUUGAUAUUCCAAAAGCUUCAUCAACCAUCUAACGGUUGAACU